AUGUUAAUAAAGAAGAUUUUUAAGAAUGCUAAUCAGGAACAAAAGCAUUCCCAUAUAGACUAAGAAGUUGAACUAAGUUGUUAGCAAUUAGGCUAUAUCAAUUGCAAUUAGGAGAAUAAAAGCCCAUAUUAUUUUGAAGUAUAUUCAGGUUCUUAGAUAACUUUUAAGUUUGUUUGGUAUUACCAUAUUAUUUUUGUAUAACAUUACUUGUAAAAUGAGAGGACAAACUUUUAAUUAAAUUCAGCUUAUUUGGUUUACAUUUAUAAAAAAAAGGAAAAUGAUUGUCUAUUUUAAUAAAAUUUUGACAAAUUUAAAUGGAACUCGUAAACCUAAUUUGUGUCAAGGUGGUAUUAGGAAAAACCUGCAGAAAUGGGUUCUAUCGGGAAGAUUAAGAAUGUUAACCUUGUAGAUAGGGUAAUUAAACAUGUAAAAAUUCAUUCAAAAGUGAAGUUUGCUUUUCUAAUUAUUAUUUAAGUAAGGACAAAUUAUGCUUGCUAUACAAAAAUUGUUUAAGUUGUCACAUAUAUAAAGAUGGGACCUAUACUUGAACUGUUUGUUUUGGAAAUUCUGUUAUAAUUAGUUAGAAAUGUAUAUUUUGUGGGAAUUAAAGAGUCCAGUCAAUCAAGAUACUCUAAUUAUUGUCAAGGUUCACCUUCAUAAUAAUAUUUAUCUAUGGAUGGAAAGAAUAGUAGGCUAUGCAAUAUACAUUAUUUUGAUUAUAUUAUUCUAUUGCAAACAAGUUUUGAUAUCAAUGUAAAGUUGUAAAUUACAAUUUAGAUAAGUAUUAAUGUAGAUUGUGAUUUUUGCAAAGAGAAUUAUCAUUCAUUUAUAAAGGCGAGUUGAAAUAAUAGAAUAAUGAUUGUUAAUUUGCCAUCAUCUAAAAUGAAGAUUACAAGAAAAUCUGUCCAAUUAAUAAAACAAAUUAUGAUUCUGUUUAAGUGUCUAAUUGCUUAAUACCAAAUUGUAUUUUAUGUAUUCCCCAUUACACAGAAAAUGAUUUCUUCUAUAUUCAAAGUUAGGAUGGAUAUUUUUCAAAAGUCCUUUCUGGUUAAAUUAUUUAGUGUGGUCAAACUUGCAAGACUUGCAUUUAAUAAAAUAAAAAAUAUAGAGAUUAUUGGAAAUGGAGUAUUAGAGCAUUUUAUUAAUUUGUUAUUAAUAAUAAUAAUGACCAUCCAUUUGAAAAAUAUGCAUCAAGGAAUUCUGAAUCAGAUUUGAAUUUAUUUUGCACAUCAUGUCGCUAUGGAUUAAUUUUAUAUGAUUAAAAAUGCAUGUCAUAAUGUGAUAAAUUUUGUAAUAAAUAUGAAAUCAUUGAUGAAAAAGCAACAUUUAUCUAAUGUUUAGAAACUAUUUCUGGGUUUAUGAAAAGUUAAAAUGAAAAUGGAAGUGUUUUGCAAUGUCCUUCUAAUUGGAAAGUCUGUAUGUAUAGGGGUGAAUCAGAAGUAAAAGAAGUUAAUCCCUAUUUUAUUUCAAAGAAUUAAAAUAAUUUUUAGACUAGAAUAUGUUAUGAAAAAUCACAAGCUAGUAAAAAAUAAGAAAAUUAUUAUUAUUCUUAUUUAUUUCCAUAAAUUUAGUAGGUUGUAACAAAUAUGAACAAUGUUAUAAUAAAAUUAUUUACAUUAAAACCUAGAGGAACUUCUACUUAUUAUGAAUAAUAAUAAUUAUCAAAUGACGAAUAUUUUGAAAGCAUGAAUGUAUUUUUUUGUCAGCUAUUUUGGUUAUGGAUAUAAAAAAGUUUAGAGACAUCUUAACUUUUUGAUUAUUUAAAUUUCUGUAAGUCACAUUUACUUCAAAUAUACCAUAAUUAAAAGGAAAAUCCUAGAUCAUUAAAAUUAUCUAUUAAUGAAGGUCAAACAUUGCUAGAAAAGAAAUAUUGA